AGCUGCCGUUUUAAUGCCAGAGACGCUCACGACAGAUUCUGCAGACACCACCGCACCCUCUCGCAGUCUCGCCGCUAGCUGAGCCGAGCAAGCACCCCCUCCUUGCACACGCACACGGUUCCCUCGUCAAGAAAAAGGCUCCUGCGCAGCAGUGGCACUCGCUCGUGAGCUCCAGCAUGAGUCGGCGGCUCAGUGGCGGUGCCGUCUGCUCAAUGCUGGUCUUGUCAGCGCUAGUGGCGCUCGCUGGUUCGCAGUCGCCGUCCCCGAGGCCGUCGCCGGCCCCGAGGCUGUCGCGGCCUCCGACGGCGCCGGUCGUGAAGCCGUCGUCUCCACCACCCGCGGUGCCAGCUCCUAGGCUGUCGCGGCCUCCGACGGCGCCGGCCGCCAAGCCGUCGUCCCCGCCAUCCGUGGCGCCAGCUCGGAAGCCAUCUCCGUCUCCUAGACCGGCUCCGACGCCGUCUCCGCCCCGCGCGGCGCCGACGCGAAGACCGUCACCGCCACCUGCAGCCUCGCCAACUCCAAAGCCACCGUAUCCUCCGAAACCAUCCCCACCCACGGCGGCGCCGGCGCCAAGACCGUCACCUCCACUUGCCUCGCCGGCUCCACCUGCAGCACCGCCGGCUCCAAAACCAUCCCCGUCCCUUGCUCCGAAACCGUCUCCGUCGCCGGCCUCACCACCACCACCUGCUCCGCCGCAGCCUCCGCCGAGCUCCUCGCCGUCGACAUCGUCCUCACUGGGCCAGCUCUCGCCCAGCUACUACGCGUUGUCCUGCCUGGGCGUGGAGCUGGCGGUGAGGGAUGUCGUCAGGUCGGCCUCCACUCUGGACCCCACCAUCCCCGGCAAGCUUCUCAGGCUGGUCUUCCAUGACUGCUUCGUAGAGGGAUGCGAUGCAUCAGUGCUGAUUCAAGGUGAUGGCACCGAGAGGACCGACCCUGCAAAUCUCUCACUUGGAGGGUUCAAUGUUAUCGACGCAGCUAAGAGGUUGCUUGAAGUCGUGUGCCCUGCAACUGUCUCUUGCAGUGACAUUGUCGUCCUUGCCGCAAGAGAUGCCGUUGAAUUUACCGGAGGACCGGCGGUGCCUGUCGCCCUGGGAAGACGAGACGGCCUAGUCUCGUUAGCAUCCAACGUCCGAAAAAACAUCAUCGACACGGGCUUCUCCGUCGACGACAUGGCGGCGAGCUUCGCCGCCAAGGGGCUCACCCUGGACGACCUCGUCACCCUCUCAGGCGGGCACACCAUCGGCUCGGCGCACUGCAACACGUUCGGCGAGCGCUUCCGGGUCGCGAACGGGAGCAUGACGCCCCUGGACGGGUCGAUGAACACCGACUACGCGAACGAGCUGAUCCGGGCCUGCUCCGUGAACGGCACCGUGUCGGCGGGCACGGCGGUGGACUGCGACUCCGGGUCGGCGUCAGUGUUCGACAACCGGUACUUCGGCAACCUGCUGGACGGGAGGGGCCUGCUGCGCACCGACGCCGUGCUGGUGCAGAACGCCACCACCAGGGCGAAGGUGGCUGAGUUCGCGCAGAGCCAGGACAGCUUCUUCGCGAGCUGGGCCGACUCGUACGCCAGGCUCACCAGCCUCGGCGUCAAGACCGGCAACGACGGCGAGAUCCGGCGGAUCUGCUCCAGCGUCAACGGCUGAAGUGUACGUCGAUAGCCAGCAGGGUGUAACACAUAUGGUGUAACACGUGUAAGAGAGGUGGGAACGGGAUUGAUUCGUUUGUUGAUGUAGCUGAUGCCGUUCUUGUUCAUGCUCCGGCGGUGCGUCGGGGAGGUGUUCUUGUGUAGGUGGGUACCAGCAUCUAGUGAGAAGGAGAGAAAGGAAAUCAAAUUUAUGUA